GGAAGGAGGGGUCUUAAGGGGCGGCGAACCCAGGUCGGACUUCCUCGGAGCCUGGCGACCAGGAACGAUCCCGUCUCAGACUUCAGGUCUCUGCCCUACCCCACGUCCUCCAGAGCCCGAGACCCGACCACGAUGUGGAAACACUGGCUGGCGCUAGCGCUUGUGGCCGUCGCCCUGGUCCACGGCGAGGAAGAACCAAGGAGCAAAUCCAAGAUCUGCGCCAAUGUGUUUUGUGGAGCUGGCCGGGAGUGUGCAGUCACAGAGAAGGGAGAGCCCACAUGCCUCUGCAUUGAGCAAUGCAAACCUCACAAGCGGCCUGUCUGCGGCAGUAAUGGCAAGACCUACAUCAACCACUGUGAACUUCAUAGAGACGCCUGCCUCACUGGAUCCAAGAUCCAGGUUGAUUAUGAUGGGCACUGCAAAGAAAAGAAGUCUGUGAGUCUGUCUGCCAGCCCAAUUGUCUGCUACCAAGCUAACCGCGAUGAGCUCCGGCGACGCAUCAUCCAGUGGCUGGAAGCUGAGAUCAUUCCAGAUGGAUGGUUCUCCAAAGGCAGCAACUACAGUGAGAUCCUGGACAAGUACUUUAAGAACUUUGAUAAUGGUGACUCUCACCUGGACUCCAGUGAAUUCCUGAAAUUUGUGGAGCAGAACGAAACAGCCAUCAACAUCACCACUUAUGCUGAUCAGGAGAACAACAAACUGCUCAGAGGACUCUGUGUUGAUGCUCUCAUCGAACUGUCUGAUGAGAAUGCCGACUGGAAACUCAACUUCCAAGAGUUCCUCAAGUGCCUCAACCCAUCCUUCAACCCUCCUGAGAAGAAGUGCGCCCUGGAGGACGAAACAUAUGCGGAUGGAGCUGAGACGGAGGUAGACUGUAACCGCUGUGUCUGUUCCUGUGGACACUGGGUCUGCACUGCAAUGACCUGCGAUGGAAAGACUCAGAAGGGGGCCCAGACCCAGACACAGGAGGAGAUGACCAGAUAUGCCCAGGAACUCCAGAAGCACCAGGAGACAGCUGAAAAGACCAAGAAGGUAAACACCAAAGAGAUCUGACAAGAAGCACCUAGCACCAUGUCUGCAGCCCAGCGCCUCCUCCUCUUCAGCGCUGAGUUCAGUAUACUCGAGUGUCUGCUGUGAUCACCAAACCACCAGUAUUUGCUUGUCAGGCAAUGAAUAUUAUUUUGUUUGUUUUGCAAUGAAGGAAAUGAGGGUGGCUGGCUAGCAGGGAGAGGCCACAACCUUCAUUUCCAGGAGUGCUUUAAGAGAAACUAAAGGGCGCUUUGGGGCUGGAGGCAAGUAAGGAAACUGCUUCAUGCUGGCAGAGGAGCAGACCCGGGUCCAAACGAAUCCUUUCAGGGGUCACAGCAGCCGCUGGAGGCUACAGGGACAGCAUGUGAUGUUGGGGGGAGGGCUGAGCUGGCUCUGCUGGAGGAAGGGUGGGGAGCUCUGUGGAGAGGAAUCCUGCUGCCUUUGACCCUUGUCACCAAUGUCAGCAUUAGAGACCUGCAGCAUAUCUGCUUCCCCUCGGUCCCAACAAUCACCCGAAUAUACAGCCAUCCCACUAGUGUCCUGCGUCCCUCAGAUUUGGAUGGACUUUCUAGGAGGGUGUGUUUAAAUGAUGCAGAUACUUAAAUACUUCAAGCGCCAUAGAGACCUAACCAAAAUUUUAAAAUACACUUUUUUUUUUUUUAACCAAAGGUGCUAUUUCUCUGUAAAAGACUUUUUUGGGGCAAGCUGAUUUCAUUCCUCAGUUAUUAUCAUUAUAUUAUUGUCAUUCUUUUAGUAUUUCAUUUUCUUGACUAGAUAUUAGGCUUUUGUAAUUUUUUUUCGGUAGUCCUACUGUUUCAGAGGUGAAAGGAGUUUGGGUUUUUUUUCUGGGUACAGGGAACUCUGUAACAUAGAUGACCCCUUACCCUGCCACAUACUACACUAGAUACAAGCCAGACCUGCACCACCCCACCCCGGGCUUCCAGAAGGUCAGCUACAUGCCAAUAAGUGUGAGAUGCCUCGGACAGAAGCUAUAGGAUGAAGCAUCUUCAUGGGCAGUUAUUGAGAUCCAAAGAGUUCAUUUGCUUUACAAAAGCAGGUUAUCCCAGCCUGCCAACACACAGUGAUCUGAGGCUAACUGGCAGAGUGACCCUGGCCCUGUCUGCUCCUAUUCUGGGUGCCAGUUUCCUUAGAGUGGUAAGAAUGCAUCUUGGGAUUUAAUAAUUGAUACAGUUUGUGGUUUAGGUAACUGGUCCAGAGGGAGCUAGAGUCCUGUGACUCUGCCUUCUCCUUAGAAUAGAUGAAACCAUACAAAAAGAAAAGACAGCCAGUAGCAGCAUGGCCAGGUUUCGCCUUGGUCUAAAUGAUCCUUUCAUGUGGCUGGGGUGAGGACUUCAUGAGUCAAUCUGCCCAGGAAGAGAGCAUGAAGGAGAACCUCCAACCUUCUCAACCUGGUGCACAUGAGUGCAGUCUCUUCUUGGAGUCAGAUUUCCCCAUACAGAUGAAGGUAGAA